CUGGAAACUGAACUUCCCCAUCACCAUCUCAUCCAUCUCCCUCCCCCAAUCCAUCUGCCCUGGUGUUCAACCUCCCUCCUCUCAACUCCCCAGAGCAGGUCGGACACAACCUUCACUCCUCAAUUAGCAAGAGCGUCGUGUUAUUCCUCACGUUGCUCUUCGCCUUUCCAGGUUCAAUUUCCGGGCUGGUCUCAACGAGGUCUCUUCACUUUUCCUCCCCCCAACAAGGACGAACCGCGUAUAACGAUCAUCCUCCGUUUCUCUCCCAUCCUGUAUAACGACUUUUAAUAUCUCCUCAGACUUCAUAAUGUCCGACUCUCUAGCUUUGCCUUCCUUCCUCACGGACAAUUCCGUGGCCGCGGCCUUCAAGGAUGCAUACACCUCGUUCUCCGAGCGCAGGGCCGCCCUCGGCCUUCCCAACCCUGGCACCCUGGAUAACAUCUCCCGGGAGGUGCAGAAGGAUGUUCUGCUGUCCAACUUCAUGUUCACCGGUCUCCGGGCGGACCUGACCAAGGUUUUCGGCAUGUCUCCUCUGUUCCGUGUGUCGCAUGCUUUCUCCAUGGGCGGAUCCGGCAACAUGCCCCCAUACAACUUCUCCGCCAUGUACGGAAGUCCUAAGGUCUUCAUGCAAGGCAACCUCGGAAGCGAUGGAGGUCUCGCUGCUGUCGGCAACUACCGUUGGACCCCCAAGUUUGUCACCAAGACCAACACUCAGAUCAUGCCCGGUGGCCAGGGCUUGAUGCAGCUUGAUAAUGACUACACCGGCGACGAUUUCUCCGCCUCUCUCAAGGCUUUCAACCCUUCUUACUUGGAGGGCGGUCUUACCGGUAUCUUCGUCGGAAGCUAUCUCCAGUCUGUUACUCCCAACCUGGCUCUUGGUUUCGAGGCUAUCUGGCAGCGCCAGGCCAUGAACGCUCGUCCUGAAUCUGCUCUCUCCUACGGUGCCCGCUACAAGACUGCCGACUGGAUUGCCAGUGCUCAGCUGCAGGCUCAGGGUGUCAUCACCGCCUCCUACUGGAAGAAGCUCUCCGAGCGUGUUGAGGCUGGUGUUGACAUGAACCUCCAGUUCGCUCCUAACGCUGCUGCUGCUCUCAUGGGUGGUCCCAGCCGUGACGGCACCACUGCCAUUGGCGCCAAGUACGACUUCCGUGCUUCCACUUUCCGUGCUCAGGUCGACAGCACCGGAAAGGUCAGUUGCCUUCUGGAGAAGCGGAUAGCUAUGCCCAUCGCUCUUACCUUUGCCGGUGAGAUCGAUCAGGCCAAGCAAACGGCCAAGCUCGGUCUUGCUGUUUCCCUUGAGAUCGCGGGCGAGGAACUGAUGGAGCAGCAAGAGAAGAUGAGCCCUGAGGACAUGGUCCCUCCUCCCUUCUAAGCACGCUCUGACGUGCAGCUGGGGCUAAUGGGGCCCACCUGAAAGUGGGAGGACAGAAGCUAUUGCUCUGCAUCCGCCCUCGGCUUAUACCUUUUUCACUAUUUGUUUUAGUAGCUCUUCUCUCUCCAUGUGCAUGUU